UGUAAAACUAGCCUAUUUGACCUAGCCUGCAUAGCUUUCCGAAGACACGAGUCUUCUCUUUUCAUUUAUUUCUACAUAUUUGUUUGUUUCCAUAGUUUGAGGCCGGAGUGUUACCAGCUAUCCGCGGAGCAGUCCGACUUUACAGAGAGAAAAUGGUCACGCCAUCACCGGGAACCAUUCAGUUCCAGGAGAAGGUYAGGAAGUUGCUCAGCAGAUAUAAAAAAAAGCCUGUGCUGAAACCCAACAAGCCUCUUGUUCUGCAAGAUCGUGUGUCCAGCCGCAGUGUCGACAAAGGAGAUGCCACUUGCCUCACUGAGAUGUCGGUCAUGAUGGCUUGUUGGAAAGAGAACAACUUUGUAGACACUUUUUGUUCCAGAGAGAUCGAUACUUUCUAUACGUGUGUAAACAAAGUACUGGAAGCGAGGAAGAAUAAAUCUGAACAGGGCAGCACGACUAAAGGACGCCUAACGCCAAAACAAGCCACGACUCUGCUGAAGAGGUUUCCCAACCCAGUAACAGAGGUUUAAACAAAACCUCUUUUAUUGUUAUCCAAACAACUUUUUUGCAGAAUAAUAAAUGACUUGUUUUGUUGACCACUGUA